CUUUCUCCUUUCCUUUUUGUUGUUUUAAUUUCAACAAUGACAGACACGAUUUAUUCAAAAAAUAAACCACCUACUCCUUCUUCUGUUGGUGAUGAUUUCUCUGCUGCAGUGUCAUGGCCAAUUCUUUUGGCUGGUGUCCCUACAUUAGGUGCAUUCUUUGCAGGAAGUUCAGAGAUUUGGAGUGAUUUCAUUAUGAUUUUAUUAAUUCUAUUUUAUGUUUAUAAAUGGAUGACAGUGCCAUGGUCUUAUUAUGAAAGCGCAAGAAUACGUAGAGUGAUCCAUCAACAAUCCUCAGUAGAGUUAAAGGCAGGCCCUAAAACCGAAGAAGCAGCAUAUCUUCACAAGUUACAAACAGAACGUGAGAAACAACAAUCUAUUCAUGCAGAGCUUCGUCGUCACGAAUUAGCUGGAUUGGUCUGGGUAGUUUUAUCUCCGUUGAUUGCUGGGUACACAUUACGAUACAGUCGAUAUUUUUUUGCCAACGCCGAUAAAUAUAUCAGUGCAUUCAACAUUACCGUUUUUACAUUAGCAGCCUCCAUUAAACCUCUAUCUCACGUGACCCUCUUACUCCAGGAGCGUACACUCUAUCUUCAGAAUGAAGCUGCCUUUAGUGAAACAGAAGUUGAAAUGUUACAAAGUCGUAUUCGCUUCCUUGAAAAAGAAAUAGAUGUCCUCAGACGUGCCUAUGCUACCAAAAAAGAUCUAGGCCAAAUCACAGAAGAUAUCAAUCCUACCCUCCAGCAAUUAACCAAGACCUUACAUCGCUUUGAAAAACGUGAUAAUGCACUCAGAACUUGGUCUCAACAGCAUUUCACUGCUAUUGAACAAAAGGUUAAAGAAUUUGAUCAGUACAUUUGUUAUCGUAUAGAACAAGAUCAGCGUCAACAAGCUCAUGGUGUAGUUGUCAGUUUAGUCUUGCUGCCUCUGAAUAUCUCGCUUUGGAUUGCCAAGCGCAUGUCCUUUUGGCUUCCCGUACCACACAAAGGACUUUUGGCGCCUUCUUCUGAAAGCACAUGUCAACCAUUGAAAAAGCCCCAAUCCAAACAAUUACCUGGUCAGAUAGCUCCUUCAAGCUAUUCUAAUGAUGAAAGCGUAGCUGCUUUUGGUCAUUAAAAAAACACAUUCUAUAGAUCCUAUUAAUAAUAGCAUUCAUUAUAUUAUUUAGCAUAUGUUUAUUCUUCCUUUCCCUUCUUUACUCGCAUUCUUAUCCUUUUAUAUAUAAAUUUCAUCCUACAGUAAAGGCGUG